GCGCGCGCAAACUGAUGGGACCGUCCCGCCACACUCCCGCCAUCCCCUCCUCCUUUCGUCUUCGUGUUCGGCCAUGGCAGUUACACCAUAGCCACCCGUUCUCUCGAUUUUUGCUUCAGCAAAUUUUUCUGUGUGCGCUGCGGUUUGCUUACAACUGAAAUCGUCGUCUCAGUGCGAGAUCUGUUAUAACUUUUGAAUUACGUCGAGUCCACUUCAGAUGUGCUCGUGUAGUGGUGUGUGAAGUAGUUGAGACCGUUUGUUCUUUGGGAUCCGUUUGUUUUCGUGUGCGCGGACUCCGGAGGCUUGUGGGGAGGAUGGAAGACGGGGAGAGUGGCUUUUGCAUGACGUUGCAGCGCAGCAACAGGUCCUGUUCUGGUAGAUAGGGCAGCCAGAUUUGCAGUUGGUACGCCGGUGACCUUUCGGAGAAGGUUUAAGGUUGCUUUGAAACGGUCGCAUUGCAGUGUAUUCUUCACCUGCGCCUGUUAAUACUGUCAGGACAGCAGUAGGCACAUGUAAUUCGAGUCCAUCUCGAUCGUUCCCUGGAGUUUUGCAAGCUCGCUAAUCGUGCAAUGGAUGAUGGUAGCAUGCCGAGUUGAGGUUCCUGAAUACUACUGGAACCGCAGCGGUAGCUCCCUGAGUGUCUCUUAGGAGCGAUUUAUAUAAUUCUGUCUGAAAAGAUGAAAAAAUUCUCGUUGAUAAUUAUACUUCUAAACAUAUGGCAGCCUUCAACCUAAUGGAAUCAAGUCAAAGGGCACUCCAUAUUGCAAUUUUGGUUCUGAAUAAUGGAACAGCUUGUAAUGUCGAAGAACUCCAGCAACAAUGCUGUUUGUUUCCAGUCUGUGCACGUGAGAUACAAGAUCUCUGUGCACUGAAAGGUUCACCUCUGCAAGUUUUAGAGGAUAACAGGAUUGGUCUUACAGCCGAUUUUUUAAUUGGGCUUCGGUCACGACUCGAGACUUAUGGUGGGGUAUGUACUGGGACACUACGCUCUAAUAGAGCAACCUUUCUGGUUCCAGCCGUGCCUAGCGUCUCCUUGGUCUCUCCCCCUGCUAAGGGUGGUGUUGCACAGGACUUGGACAUUAAAGAGAAACCGGCUUUGCCGAAACGGAUUCCUGAGUUUCAAGACUAUGUUGUGCUGGGAGAGGAGGGGUCAGGGGGAUAUGGCACGGUAUUUAAAGUAAAGCGCAAGGGAGAUAACCAACUUUUUGCAAUUAAAUGUCCCUUGGAAAAGACUACUCCUGAAUGUGUUAACCAUGAAAUCAAGAUGCUACAAAAACUAGGAGGGCAUGAAUACAUUACACGAUGCGAAGAAGUGGUAUGGGAAGUCCCUACCCAGGAUAAUGAGGAGGGCUUGAAGGAGAAUCUGCGCCCCAAUCUAGUGUUACAGUAUGUUGAGCAUGACAAACCUGAGGUCUUAAGGAAAGAAAUAACGGUUCAAGAACUGCAACUAUAUGGCUAUUGCUUGUUUAAAGCCCUCGCAUACCUGCACAAGCAGGGGAUAGUUCACCGUGACGUAAAACCGGGAAAUUUUCUAUUUUCUCGAACUAGAGGCACUGGAUACCUUGUUGACUUCAACCUUGCAUUGAUGACGUCAACACCAACAUUAGCUUCAGGUAAAUCGAAGAGAGUAAUAUCCAAGCCUUUAAAAGAUUUAAGUAAAGAAGAGACUAACAAAGAAUUACGGAUAACGUCUUCCAAGAAUGUGCUUGGUAAGCGUGUACGCAAGGAGAUAGAGUUAACCCCUUCUAAGCGCCAUCAAAUUUCGAAUGGGCGUAAUAAUCAAGCUGGACAAUCUUGCAACAGCAAAAGUCCUCGAGCUGAUGCUCUGUCCAGGCAUCCUGACAAGGGGGCCGUUUCACCUGUUCAAUCGGAACAGCCAUCUGUAGCCGGACAAAAUAAUAGCAUCCGGACAGUUACAAAUUUAAACCCAAGGGUCAAUGGUGUGUCCACUUCAACGCUUGGAGAAGAGUACUCCAGAAAAUCCGCUGCAGUGAACUCUAGCUCCAAAGCUCCCACAGUGUGCGAUCCCGUUGUCCUAACUCAAAGAUCACGCCAUAGUCGACGCUCCUCGAAAAUCGUUACUUCCUUAAAAGAGCCGGAUGAUGGACAUCCUCCUCAGUCAGCUCUGGGUGAUCUUGCAUGGAUGCCUCCAACUGUUGGAGUGCUUCGAUUUGCACAGUAUCUCAAGAAUCGUAACCAACCACAAUCGUCUGCACCUACUACUGUCCCCCCUGCAUCCCAACGUAAGCGCGUUGCUGCAAUACAAGAUAAGAAGAACACGAUUGCCCGAGCACCUGUAUCUCCGCCUCGACCCAGCACGAAAGGUGUUGGAGUUCGUCGACAUGUACCUGUAGCAAAGGAUGGACCAUGUGCUGGAACGAAGGGUUACCGUGCACCUGAGGUAUUGCUGAAGUCCAACAUGCAAACUACGAAAUUAGAUAUUUGGUCUGCAGGCGUGAGUUUGUUGCAACUAAUUGCAGGCAAAGCUCCCUUCCCGUCAAACAGCAGCGAACAAGCUUUGAGGGAUAUUGCUAAACUUCGGGGUGUGGAUGACUUGCUAAAGCUGGCAGGAGGUCACGACUGUCUCCACAAACUUCCCCCAGGUUUUGAGACACUGAAUUACAAAUCCACGACAGUAAUGGACUGGUGUAGUGCUCAUGCAAGAAGACCUGAGAUGCGGGACACAUUACCACCUGACUUAUGCGACUUGCUGGAAAAAUGCUUGCGGGUCGAUCCAAAAGUCCGAAUAGAAGCCUCCGAGGCAUUGAGCCAUGAGUUUUUUAAUUCGGUUGAAGAGAGACUGGCGGCGCGUGAUCCUUGUGCCCCUCCCCCUGUCAGAACAAUCAGUUAAAUAUGUUCCUGAAGUUCUCACCGCUUCAAUCAUGUAACAUGUUCCGGGAGCAUGUUUAUUGGUGUAGGUGAGUUUAUCUGCCUCUUGCUUUAGCACUUGCAUGUAGGGAGGCUCAAACCUUCAUAAAAGUGAAGUGCAAUUGGAGAGCAGAUGAGACUAUAUUUUUCGAGUCGGCUAGCAGAGUGUGUACCUUCGACGCACCUCCGAGAAUUUAUCCAUCAUUGUUUUUUAGUUAGACAUGCCACGAGAGCACCGACCCUAAAAUAGGAAGUGCUCUCUUGUACAGUGUAACGCUACACUGUCGACGAGCUUUAGUAUCACAAAACACGAACUAUGCAUACUGAAUGUAAAUUAUCCUACAAAUGUCAUCAAGACAUUUUACUGGAACAAGCUUCUUUUGUGAAUAAACUUUGCGGUCUUAGGACACUCCCCUA